GUGGGCUGGCGGUCAGCUGACAAGUACCACAUGAUGUAGCUGUGUUGCUGAACAAAUAAGGUCAAUUCACUGAUUUCUCGCUACUUUUGGUGUAACCCACUCACACGUCUAAAAUGGCUUGGACCAAGUAUCAGCUGUUCCUUGCGGGACUCAUGCUCACCACGGGCUCUCUCAACACUCUUUCAGCAAAAUGGGCUGACACGUUCAGCGCAGAGGGCUGCCAUGGCGAUAAGGAACACGAAUUCAAUCACCCAUUUGUACAGGCUGUGGGCAUGUUCCUGGGAGAGUUCAGCUGUCUGCUGGUUUUCCACAUCUUGCUGUGCCAUGACAAACGCAGACCAGAGCGUUCGUUCAACCCUGGCCAAAGCUUCAACCCCCUGCUCUUCUUUGCGCCGGCCAUGUGCGACAUGACGGCCACCUCCAUCAUGUAUGUCGCGCUCAGCAUGACGAGUGCCUCCAGCUUCCAGAUGCUGCGAGGAGCGGUCAUCAUCUUCACAGGUCUGCUGUCGGUGGCCUUCCUGGGGCGGCGGCUGAAGCCCAGCCAGUGGGUGGGCAUCCUCACCACCAUCGUGGGCCUGGUGGUGGUGGGCCUGGCCGACUUCAUCAGCAAGGACAAGAAGGAGCACAAACUCAGUGAAAUCCUCACCGGUGACCUGUUGAUCAUCAUGGCUCAGGUCAUCGUUGCUGUGCAGAUGGUCCUGGAAGAGAAGUUUGUGUAUAAGCACGACGUCCACCCUCUCAAAGCCGUGGGCACUGAAGGCAUGUUCGGCUUCGUCGUGCUGACGCUGCUGCUCAUCCCCAUGUACUUCAUCCCGGCGGGCCAGUUCACCGGCAACCCCCGGCAGGUGCUGGAGGACGCCCUGGACGCCUUCUGCCAGAUCGGCUUCAAGCCCCUCAUCCUGGUUGCGCUGCUGGGCAACACGGUCAGCAUCGCCUUCUUCAACUUUGCCGGCAUCAGCGUCACCAAGGAGAUCAGCGCCACCACGCGCAUGGUGCUGGACAGCCUGCGCACGCUGGUCAUCUGGGCGGUGAGCCUGGCGCUGGGCUGGGAGACGUUCCACGGCCUGCAGGUGCUGGGCUUCGUGGUGCUGCUGACCGGCACGGCGCUCUACAACGGCCUGCACCGCCCCCUGCUGGCCAGGAUCCCGUACUGCGCCGCCUGGGUGCAGGACGACGAGGCAGAGGAGCAGGCGGGCGCCGGAGAGAGGGAGAGGCUACUGUCCGAGGCCAGGGUGCAGGCGGUCGACAGUCCUUGAUGAUAUCCCCUUCACUUUCUCCGAUGCACACACACACCUCUGUUAAGGGACUGAUGAAUGACCCUUGAUCCCUCUUGGGCUGGCACAGACUGAACGCCAGCGUUUUUUCCGACAGCGUUGUCUUUUAUGCACUUGGGGUUUUUUAUGUUAGUUAUUAUGAUGAACGAAAUGGGUCUGAUUUCAACUGACUCAUUUGGUUUGUUUUUGUACGUAAAAAUGCCGCACUACAUUUUAGUACGUAUUUUUGGGGGCCUGGUUGAGAUUGAGCAGGGGAUUGUGAUGGCCUACAUGCGGGUAAGUCAACCACGACAUGCAUGCAUUUAGAAAUGACAAGUAAUUGUAACUCAUUUUUUACCCUGUUAUCUUUUUGUAUUUCUAUUGAAGGGAAAUUUCUGGGACCUGUUUGAUUAAACUGCUACAGUCACGUAAGCCACUAAAGAAACCACAAUUGUGACUUUGUUUGUUGCUUUUUAGAAAGACUUUCUGGACAUUACACAGUAUUCUCGAAAAACAUUUGCUGUAUUGUAUCUUCGGAUUUAAAUUAAAACCAAAAAAUUAAUCCUACUACAA